CAGUGAAUAUUAACGGGCUUGGGAGGAUAGGUGGGUGACGGGAGGGGCGCAGAGAACAGCCGGGCAGCAGAGAGGAAGUGCUGUCUGUUACCCCCACCACUGAGUCGCUGCUGCCUAUGGUCGUCUUGCUUCUCUGCCCAGAGGAGAGAGGCGGCGACUGGCCGUUUCCGGUUUUUAUAAAAUUCUCGAGGUGCUGGGACUCACAUCUUCUGACACCCAGGUCCAAAACCCUGAACUCAGACAUUGUUGGGGGACGGGGUGCUAGUUGUGUGUGACACGCACAGUAUUUAGUCCUCACGGCAGGGGCAGGGGUCUUAUCUCCACCAGCCAGAGAGAUAAGACCGGAGAGGUUCAGUUACUUGCUCAAGCGGUUACCAUUUAUAAUGGUGGCCAUCCAUGGAGAGCUUCCUGACUCCAAGCCUUCUUGUCUUUUCCACACUGUGAAGUCUGCCAAGGGCGUUUCCUGCUCCUUGAAUUGCUAAAGGCUGGGCUGUUGACUGUCUCAGCUCCAAGUAAUUUCAAAGCCAUCCAGACGCACCUGUGACCUGGGCAGGGCCUGGUUAGGUUUAACCCCUGACAUCCCCUCCGUUCUGUGGAUUUGUCCUUGUUUACUGGGAGAGCCACCUGUUACCCUCUUUUAAAGAGAAAUAGAGCCAGGCACAAGUUAAAGGUGAUGGACAGGUUUGAUUCAGUACUACCACAGUGUGGGAAAGAGACCGAGGUAUCGAGCUGAGCUCAGUUCCAAAGGCAGCCAGGGAUUUACAGCCCACAAGCAGCGCGAUGGGUCAGUGGAUGGAGAAUUGCCAGGAGGAGACAUCAGGGUGGGGGGUUCUUGCUAGCCCAGCCUAGCAGCAUCCUGGCUACCUGAUUGGGUUCAGGUAUCAAGGGUGGAGGGUUUUGUAAACAGAGUUAACAGGAUUCUUCCUAAAAUCUGGGCUGGGCGGGCCAAGGACAGGGCCCAAGGACUACGGCCUAGUCGAAAAGAGUGCUCAGAGGAGCCCUUCCGAAGUUUGGUCCAGGAGACAGUGUUCCUUGUCACUUCCCAGUAAAUGCAAGGACACGGCAUAGUGAAGACCACGGGAAGAGUCCAUUGACCUUGGGGUGACCUGUCUCACUUUCCAGGAGUCAAAGAAUUUGGCUGGCACUGAAAACUAGUGUGUGGGAAAGAACGUGCCUGGGAGACACGCUGGAACUCUCUCGGAUGUGGCAAAUUGAAUUUUUUUUUUUUUUUUUUGCGGUACGCAGGCCUCUCACUGUUGGGGCCUCUCCCGUUGCGGAGCACAGGCUCCGGACACACAGGCUCAGCGGCCAUGGCGCACGGGCCCGGCCGCUCCGCGGCACGUGGGAUCUUCCCGGACCGGGGCACGAACCUGUGUCCCCUGCAUCGGCAGGCGACUCUCAACCACUGCGCCACCAGGGAAGCCCGGCAAAUUGAAGUUUUAGGGUUAUAUCCUCACAACCUUGUCUACAAGUAGGUCGUUUUCAGCCACAGAGCAAAGUCAAGGAAGAGGUGACCCGGUCGUUCUGAGGCAGAAGCAAGGCAGCGCCUCCCCUCCCCUCCCACGAUGUGUGAAAGCCGACCGGCUCCAGGGCCUCAGGGCACAGAUGUCAGCCGUCACACACAGCCUCUAGAUGCAUCCAGGAGGAGCUGGGCCUCAAAUCUCAUAUCUCCAGCUGUUUAUAAUUCUGAAAGGCAAACGCCAAGUCCUGGCCCACGGUCUCCUGGCGCCCCCAGCUCUGGGUCCAUCCAGCAGCCCAGCGACUAACGGGUAUGGCAGCUGGAGAGAAUUGGCCAAGGCUCUGGCCAGCAGGAACAUUCCGGCUGUGGAUCCAAAUCUCCAGUUCUACCGUCCCCAGAGGCUGGGCCUCAAGGACCAAGACUCUGCGAGAGGUGGCGGGGGGAACAGCAGCUACCUGAAGUGGAAUAAGCCGGUCCCCUGGCUGUCAGAGUUCCGGGGCCGCGUCAACCUGCACGUGUUUGAAGACUGGUGCGGCAGCUCCAUGCAGCAGCUGCGGAGGGACCUCCACUUCCCCCUGUACCCACACAUCCGCACAACCCUGAGGAAGCUGGCCGUGUCCCCCAAGUGGACCAACUAUGGCCUCCGCAUCUUUGGCUACCUGCACCCCUUCAGCGACGGGGAGAUCCAGUUUGCCAUCGCCGCCGAUGACAACGCAGAAUUCUGGCUGAGCCGUGACGACCAGGUCUCAGGCCUGCAGCUGCUGGCCAGCGUCGGCAAGGUAGGGUCCCCACGGUCCCAUGGGCCCUCCCACUGCCCCCGGUCACCUGCCUCCAUCAGGACAGUCUGGUGUGACAGCCAGGGAAGAGGCAUGAGAAGCUGCAUUCUCCCCCGCUGCCUCCCAUCUUACAGAGGGAUGGACUGGGUGUGGCCGGGAACAGACCCCGGGAAGACUCAGGACUGGGCCACACCCAUCCUGGGUGCUCUGGUCCUGAUGCUGAGGCUUCACGCGGUGGGCGCCGGCUGCUGGGGGUGGGGCGUGCGGGGAAGGGGAGUUACUUCCCGAGUGGUCCCGUGUCCCUUCCCACCCUCCCCAUCUCCCCUCCUCCCUCCUCCCACUUGCCUCCUCUCUCCUUCUGCCUGUGUCCCCUCACUCGCCACUUCCCACCCUCCAUACUUUGCCUUUGUGUCCGCCCUUCUCUUCCCUUGCUCCCCACACCUCCAGACUGGAAAAGAGUGGACUGCCCCUGGAGAGUUCGGGAAAUUUCGGAGUCAAAUGUCCAGGCCAGUGAGCCUGUCAGCUGCCCGCAGGUACUACUUCGAGGUGCUACACAAGCAGAACGACCAGGGCACCGACCACGUGGAAGUCGCGUGGCGACGGAAUGACCCCGGGGCAAAGUUCAGCAUCAUUGACUCCGCUUCCCUGUCCCUCUUCACAAAUGAGACAGUCCUGAGGAUGGAUGAGGUGGGCCACAUCCCGCAGACAGCAGCCAGCCAUGCAGGCUCCCCAGACCCUCUUCCCGCUGAUGAGCAGCCCCUGGCCGACAUGCUGCGGCCUGACCCUCGGGACACCCUCUAUCGAGUGCCACUGAUCCCCAGAUCCCAGCUCCGCCGCGUCCUGCCCGACUGUCCCUACAAGCCCAGCUACCUGGUGGACGGGCUUCGUCUGCAGCGCUACCAGGGACUUCGGUUUGUUCACCUGUCCUUUGUCUACCCCAAUGACUACACCCGCCUGAGCCACAUGGAGACCCAUAAUAAGUGCUUCUACCAGGAAAACUCCUACUACCAGGACAGGCUCAACUUUCAGGACUACAUCAAGAUUGACCAGCCUCCGAAGCAGGGGCCGGAGCAGCCAGCAGGUUCCGAGGAAGGCCUUCUAGAAGAAUCCCAGUACGGAGAAGCGGCAGAGAACACCCCUGCCCCUGACGGCCAGAACGCCAGGACACCGGAGGGGAAGCAAGGGCCCCCGACGGCCCCCGGGCAGGACGCCACCAACCGCCGCCUCCGAAGCCUGCGGAGGCUUCUGGCUCGGCCGCAGGGGGGCCUGGUGGUGCCCCCUCCCACGCAGAACUCCACAGCCCCCUUCCCAGCAAGGACCAGCGCCAUCCCGGCCCAGCCAGCAGAGAAGAAGGCCAGGAAGCCCAACCCCGAGCCCCACCAGGCUCCACGGCAUCCUGACAAGUGGCCCCCGGGACGCCCAGCAGGGCACCCGCCUCCAGUGAAGAGGCCCAGACCCGCGGGUGGCAGCCCUGGGAAGACGCUGGGGCAGUCCCAGUGGCUGAGUCAAGUUGAGUCAUACAUUGCAAAGCAGAGAAGGGGCGACAGGACGGAGCCUCCGGACCCCAGGAGGGCUUGGCCUAAGGAGGCGGAGGAGGUGUUGGCCGCGGCUGGCGGCCAGGAAGGACGAGCGGAGGGAGAGGACGAGGGGGAAGAAGAGGAGGAGGAGGUGAGGGAGGUGUUGGAAUACCUGUCCAUGUUCGACCCGGUGGUGAACUGGGACCAGACCUUCAGUGCCGGCAACCUCGACUUCCAAGCCCUGCGGACCGACUGGAUUGACCUGAGCUGUAACACGUCUGGCAACCUGCUGCUUCCCGAGCAGGAGGCGCUCGAGGUCACGCGGGUCUUCUUGAAGAAGCUUAACCAGCGCAGCCGGGGGAGGUACCAGCUGCGGCGCAUCGUGAACGUGGAGAAGCGUCAGGACCACCUCCGUGGGGGCCGCUACCUGCUGGAGCUUGAGCUGCUGGAACGAGGCCAGCACCUGGUGCGGCUCUCGGAGUUCGUGUCCACGCGUGGCAGGCAGGGCGUCGAUGCCGCUGGUGGGGAAGAGGCCGAGGCCCGGAACCUGCAAGGCCUGGUGUGGAGCCCACACGACCGCCAGAGACAUGUCCUGAGUGCCCGGGCCCCGGAGCCCAAGCUGUGCUGGCCCCAGGGCUUCUCCUGGAACCACCACGCCGUGGUCCACUUCGUUGUGCCGGUAAAGAACCAGGCGCGCUGGGUGCAGCAAUUCAUCAGAGACAUGGAGACCCUGUUCGGUGUCACCGGCGACCCGCACUUCAACAUCAUCAUCACCGACUACAGCAGCGAGGACAUGGACGUCGAGAUGGCCCUGCGAAGGUCCCGGCUGCGGAGCUACCAGUACAUGAAGCUAAGUGGGAACUUCGAACGCUCAGCCGGGCUUCAGGCUGGCGUGGACCUGGUGAAGGACCCGCACAGCAUCAUCUUCCUCUGUGACCUCCACAUCCACUUCCCAGCUGGAAUCAUCGAUACCAUCCGGAAGCACUGUGUGGAGGGCAAGAUGGCCUUCGCCCCCAUGGUCAUGAGGCUGCACUGCGGCGCCACUCCCCAGUGGCCUGAGGGCUACUGGGAGGUGAAUGGCUUUGGGCUGCUCGGCAUCUACAAGUCAGACCUGGACAGGAUCGGGGGCAUGAACACCAAGGAGUUCCGAGACCGCUGGGGUGGAGAGGACUGGGAGCUGUUGGACAGGAUCCUCCAAGCAGGCCUGGAAGUGGAGCGUCUCUCCCUCCGGAAUUUCUUCCAUCACUUCCAUUCCAAGCGAGGCAUGUGGAACCGCCGCCAGAUGAAGACGCCGUAACCCCGGGGGUGGCCCGCUGGACCCACCGCUUCCGGCCCCUGCACCACGGUGGCCUGGCCAGUGCCCACUUGCUGCCGGAGGGAAGGAGGGAGGGGAGCAGGGGCCGCGCUGGGCCCGAGGGGCCUCCGAGCCGACACCCCCUGCGCCGGCAGCCGUCCUCCAUGGGAGGAGGCCAAGGCCUCUCCCCACCUCUGGGCCUCCGGGGCCAGAAGAUGGAAAAGAGACGGGACAGCUCCUGGGACGGGCCGCGGAACCGGGUUGAGGAAGGAAAGCCCUACCUGGGCGACACCACCCUGACCGGGAGGUGCCUUCCAGCGUCCACCCUGGGCCCCUCAGGGGGCAGUGGCCGUGGACUGGGAAGCUCUCCUAUUGGACGUAUUUUAUUGGGGUUUUUAUUUUUUUAACAGAAAACCAAAACUGUACCUGUCCAGAUCCAGCAUUGACUGUGAGGGGGCAGAGUCGUGCAUUUAGGGGGGCCCCCGCAUACCUCAGACCCACAGGUGCGUCGCUCGGUCCUUGACCAACAGCUGAUUGGUAACCGAGGAGCUGGCCUCACGUGGAGUCGUUCUCAGCUCUCCCGCAGACAUGUGGCUCCAGGACACGCAUAUCUCUCCCAGGUGGCCACCCGACAGCUGGCCACCAAUUAGGGCAUUAACCUUACCCUCCAGGUGGCACUAACUCCAGACUGCCAUCCUCUUCCCGGUGCCACGGGGGAUUGGGAGCCGGGGAACCGAUGGGCAGGGGGCUCCUGGCCCCCUGGUGUUGGGUGAAUAGGCCGUGUAUCAUGGGCAAGGUGGGGAAGGCAGGGACGAGAAGCCCCUUUCUGUCCCAGCGGCCUGUGAGCUGGGCCUUGGGGACCAUGUGAAGCGGAGCCGGGAGAGGAUGAGAGGAGGGGUGGGAUCCAGCGGGAAGGGAUGAGAAGGGAAGUGGGCAGCUUGAGUCCUCACAGCCCAGCUCCCUCCUGCAGAGAGGGCCCCAGGCCGGCCCGGUGGGGAAGACGAGGAGGAAGACACCCGGAACUAGGGAACAGGGACCCGGGGGGAAGGUCUGGGGAGGUGAGGGGAUCGCUCUGAACUACUUCCUCACGUGGAAGGGAGCAGGGCCGGAGGAUGAAAAGUGAAGCCGUUUCAGGGAACACAGCCCUUGACCUUCGUAGUCUGGGGCACCCUCUCUGUCACCUACGAUCACAGACUUAUCUUGCACUAAUGAUCCCAGACGCCUUCAUGGCUGGGGAUUUUUCUACUACUGCUGCCUCUGCCGCUACUCUGAUUCACCAACGGUCAUCGGACGCUGCAUCUCGAAGCCCAGUGUCUGUGAGGAAGGGCGUAGGGGGAGCUGCAGCAGGGCCCAGGGGGCCAGUCAGCUGGGCCCAGGCUCUGUGCUGUGGCGGAGUCCAAGUCUACUUGGGUCUACUUGGUGGGCCCUGCAUUCACCAAGAGCAUGAACUUGGCCUAUGGGAGAAUGGAGCCCCCCGAGAACCUUCUGGAGGUUGAAGAGAAUCCCUGCCUCCCUCUUAAGAAAUCAGGAAGGACACAGACUUUUCAAUUCAUAGACUGUGGUUUACGGAGGCCAUAUCUGCCCUCAGGCCGUGGCUUUUUAUGGUCCCUGCUCAGGCUCCGUGCCUUGGGAAAAGGGCUGUAGGGAGUAGGCGAGAGCUGCAGUUGGCUGGCUGCGGUGCCAGGUUUCUUUCUGGGGCUGUUCGUAUCCCUGGGCAUCGCCCUGCAAGGUCCGAAUCUACCCAGACAGCCCUCCCGCUUCACCCCUCCUGACGACGGGAGCCCGCCCAGCCUCCCCUGCCUGAUCCGUCACCCCCCCGCCCCAGCCAGUGCCUUGUGUUUGAUGUUUGUUACCUCCACACCGCCUGCCUUAAUGGAGAGGGCCUGGCAUGGCCGCUACUCUGUAGGGAAAUGUGUAGGAUGGGGGGAGGGAAAGCAUUGAAUACAGCAUCUUCUCAGAAAACAAAACGCUCUUGUGUUUUCCUCUUGCCCAUCAGGGUGGGAGAGGGGUGGGCCCAGGGUUCACGUCGCCGUCCUGCAGCUGUCAAGCCUCUGACGGAUGUGCCAGGGACCCUCCACCCUUCACCGCCUGGGGGGUGGGGUCAACCCUCCCUGGGCUGUGGUUUACUUGAAGGGGCGUACCUGGUUCCUGUCUGAGGAGCAUUUUCUGAGCACUAGAUUCAUGGAGGUUGGUGGUUUCAGUUGAGAAAGGAUGGUGGACACAGGAUGGCUGGGUAAACAGUGGAGAGAAACUGAGGUGUGGCUUAUUCUAAAAGAGCAGAUAGGGACUUCCUGGGUGGUCCAGUGGUUAAGAAUCCACCUUGCAACGCAGGGGACGUGGGUUCGAUCCCUGGUCGGGAACUAAGAUCCCACAUGCCACGGGGCAACUAAGCCCACAUGCUGCAACUAGUGAGCCCACGGGCUCUGGAGCCCGCGUGCCACAACUAGAGAGCAGCCCGCGCGCCGCAAUGAAGAUCCUGCGUGCCGCAACUAAGACCCGACGCGGCCAAAUAAAUAAAUAAAAUGUGAAAAUAAAUAAAUAAAAAUAAAA